UCACAAAUUCAGAAGCAGCAGGAGUGAAAGAAUUGGCUCUCAGUCAGAAAUGAAUGUGUGGUUCGACACUUGUUUUUCUAUAAUCAAGUUCAAGUCGGCCAUGAAUUGGUGACGGAAAAAGCUUCGGAUUCUUAUGUUUCUUCAUCCGCUCCCGCCACCGUUCUAAAACCCACAAAACUUGUCGCCAAUUCCUAAUCAAAAUCCAAAUUCAAACAUGAUAUCCAAUAUCAAUCUUAUCUCCUGCAACUCUUUCUCACCGUCUCCUCCUUCAAGAUUCUCAAAGCUUGGAAUUCUCCAUAAAACCCAAACUCGAAACCCCCAAAUCAUCCCCUUCAAGUAUUCGACAUCGGUCUGCCCCGGCAUCAACACUCGUCGAGAUUCAAGCUACAGAAAAGUGGGUCUGCUCCAAAAAUGGCGGAGUGCGUCGGCAAGUCCGAAUGCGGGUGGCCCAGUUGGGGAAAAAGCGACUCCGGUGGAAAGUGAGCGCGGCGGUAGCAGCAACGGCGGGAAUGGUGGGGAGGGCAGAGACUGGACGACUUCGAUUUUACUGUUUGUAUUGUGGGCUGGUCUUAUGUUUUAUGUUUUCAUCCUCGCUCCAAAUCAGACUCCGUCAACGGACUUGUAUUUCUUGAAGAAGCUUCUGAACUUGAAAAAUGACGAUGGUUUCAAAAUGAAUGAAGUGCUUGUCUCCCUUUGGUAUAUUAUGGGGUUGUGGCCCCUUAUCUACAGCAUGCUGCUGCUUCCUUCUGGUAGAAGUUCAAAUAGCAAUGUUCCUGUCUGGCCUUUCCUAGGACUGUCUUUCUUUUUGGGUGCUUAUGGUCUUCUUCCAUAUUUUGUACUUUGGAAGCCGCCACCGCCUCCUGUUGAAGAAGAAGAGCUCGAGAGAUGGCCUUUGAAUUUUCUCGAGUCGAAAUUUACUGCUGGGAUAACAUUUGCUGCAGGACUAGGCUUAUUAUUCUAUGCUGGAUUAGCUGGUGAGAGUGCGUGGAAGGAAUUCUAUCAGUACUUCAGAGAAAGCAGAUUUAUCCAUGCUACGAGCAUUGAUUUCAUGCUGUUAUCUUCAUUUGCUCCAUUUUGGGUUUACAAUGACAUGUCUGCCCGAAAAUGGUAUGACCAAGGUUCUUGGCUUCUUCCACUUUCGUUGGUGCCAUUCUUGGGUCCUGCCUUGUAUCUCGUCCUACGACCAAUGCCAACGACAACUCCCGUUCCACUCGACCCUGCUGCUUCUGAACCGAAAUGAUCUUGGAAAAGUGAACUGCAAAAAGGAAACUUGGCUGUAACGGUGGGCAGGAGCUUCCAGGUAAAGGGAGAAGUUUUGUACUUCACACACGGUAGAUUAGGAAACAGGUACUUGAAAUGAUUUGUGUUGUUAUGUAAUUAUGUUCAUGGCACAAUAUAUUAUGCUUCCAACAGGGUUGAUUUUGGCCAUUCCAUCC